AUUCCCUCAGAGCCAGCAGGCUUCUGUUCUAUCCAGACCGCUUGCUACAUGAUCUCCUGGAAAACGUUGUUCCGCGUCUCUCUCGCCGCUCGAUGGCCAGGCCUUUGUAGAUUACACACCAAGAGGAAGAAAGAUGCCAGCGCCAGGACAUUGACUCCUUUCUUCCUUCUUCUUCCCCCUCCCCUUCCUUAAUCUCCCAUCUAUUGAUCUCUACUCAACCCCUUGUCUCCACUUGUGUCCUGUAGCCCCUUCCUCCCAACCUCCCUUCCCCAACCCUGCCUGAAGCCCUGCUCUCCCUCUCACCACUCACCCCCUUGACAAUGUUACCAUGCAUUAACUGGCUUCAACCUUUCCUUGCCUUGCUCUCCUCCACCUUGCUUACUCGGGGCCACAACUGUCCCUCCAGCUGCCUGUGUCCGGACCACCACACCGUCGACUGCCAAGGCCAAGGUCUUACCCGCCUCCCAAGCCCUAUCCCCCUGGAUGUUCGACGUCUCCUGCUUUCUGACAACUGGAUUCCCUUGAUCCCCUCGGACUUCCUGGUUUUGUAUAGCGACCUGGUUUACCUGGACCUGAGGAAUAACUCCCUGUCGGCGCUGGAGCCCGGAACCCUCAGCACCUCGUCCCGGCUGGUCUACCUGGAUCUGGGAAGCAACAACCUGACGGAGAUCCAGUCAGGGACCUUUGGGGAGACCCAGAGCUUAAUCAAGCUACGCCUGGGGAACAACCCCUACCUCAGCCUGGUAGAGGAGGACGCUUUCGUGGGCCUGACCUCGCUGCGGGAACUGGAGUUGGAGAGGAACGGCCUGCAGGGGCUGGACGUGGGGGCACUGGAGCCCCUAACCUCACUCCGGGUGCUACGCCUGGAGGGCAACCCUUGGGUGUGCAACUGUCACUUUGCCAAACUCUUUGUGUGGCUGACGGAGAACCGUCACAAGCUUCCAACGGGCAUGGAGGGGUUGGAGUGUUCCCUCCCCAUGGAUGGGAGUCUUAUGUCCCUGAGCCUGCUCACCGAGGCUAGUUUCCGGGAAUGCCGGGGCUACCUCUCCCUCACGGACAUCCUCAUCGUCAUUUUCUCGGGGAUCUCUGUCUCUGUGGUGGCCAUCAUUGCCAGCUUCUUCCUGGCCUCGAUGGUCCAUUGCUUCCAGCGUCUUGGCAAAGCUGGUCAGACAGAUGAGGAGGAGGGUAACGACUGAGGGGGGAGAGAGCGCGUGAUCUGGGACCAGAUUCAGUGUCACUGCUGACGUUGCAAAACCUGACUACGUGUCUAGUAAGAGGGCCGUGAUGAAGGUCAGAACCACAGGAGAAGGAGUCACAGAUAGCAAGUCUUAGAAAUUGGGCCAAAACGCUCUUUUCAUGUGAAUUCCCAUUGGUGCCGGUCAGUAGCACACUAGGAGGGGUGUGAGGGCAGUUGCUUAAACCACGGCGGGAAACACCAUGUUAGAUUAGCUCGAAUGAUACUUAUCAUUGAAGUAUGGCGUUUCAGGCUUUGAGUCUAACAUAGGGUAAUAUUCCAUAAACUACCCUUUCAAAGAGGACAAUUACUCUAUUGAAGGGGCAAACGGGUUGUUGGAGACCUACGUUGAGCUGGGAGGUAAAGGACAGAGAGGAGGACAAGGAACAGACAGGCAGUCUGAUGGACAGUCAAAGCAUGCCCCUGCACUGACUUGAGUAGCAAUCUACGUACUGUAACCUUUGUUUACCAAAGAGGCGUCCGAUUGAAAAUAUGAUUUUCUUACACUAGAAGACAGAGAUGGGAUAGCGUGAGCUAUACUAGGCUAAACUGUGACAGAAAAUCGUAAAUGUUAAAUGUUGUAUUCACCACCAGUCAAACGUUUGGACACACUUAAUCAUUGGAGUGAUUUGGUGUUUCCAAAAUUUGACUGGUGUUGUAUUUGGAGGGCAUAGGUGCAAUAAUCAGUUUCCGGAGCACAGAUGUAGCCUGACAUUUGGAGUGAAAAUGCCUGAAGGAGUUGCCAGAGUAAAGACUCUGGCAUUCAGGCUAGCAAAAACAAUCAAACUUCAGAUACAGUGCGCUGUACAAAACAACAUGCUAAAAUAUCCUGCCAAUAAUGACCCACACAUGUAAUUAUGGAAAUGAAUAUAUUAUACAGCUUGUACUGUAAGUGGACCAAUGUAUUUUCCUAUUUUUAUGCAUAAAUUGUAUUUCAUUUUUGCAAAAGCUUUCAAUUGAUUUUGCCUUCCAGCCUUUACCUAUGUCAACCUUUAUUCCAACUGGGUUAUCAGAGAUAUCCUAAAGAGACCAGCAGCUAGUAGCAGCCAAGUGAAAGUGAUGAAUGAAUGCAUGAACAAAUGAAACUGUAUAAGUCAAGUAUGUUACGUGUGUUGUUAUUUAAUGAAACUACUGGGAGUUCAUGAAUUAAAACCAGAAGACUCACAGAUACUUCAAGACCUGAGAUUUGAGAAAUUGUCGUGUCUGUCUGAUUUUUGUUGCUUCUGUCAAACUGUAUGUGCCUCUGGCACUUGUAAUCUAUUACAGAUAUGUAUAACCCAAAACAGAUGAAAGGGCUUUUUUCUGUCAUGAUGCACCAUAGCAAACACCUUAGAAGGAUACUCAAUGGCCUGUAAAGUGUGAUGUAUCAAAUUGUAAGAGAGAUAAAAUAAAGCAGUAAAAUA